AUGGGUAGCCAACCACAUGUGCUAGUCAUACCAUUUCCAGCACAGGGCCAUGUUGCCCCACUUAUGAAGUUGUCACACCAGAUUGUUGAUCAUGGGAUCAAGGUCACAUUUGUUACCACCGAGUUCAUAAAUGCAAGAUUAACAACUAAAAUGCCAGCGAAUAGCCCGAUAAGGCUAGUUUCACUCCCGGACGGUCUAGAACCCGAGGAUGAUCAAAUUGAUACUCUUAAACUAAUAAAUAGUUUUCAAGAAACUAAGCCAGAUCAUUUCAAGGACUUGAUUGAGAAAAUUAACGAAUCUACUGAUGAUCGGAUCAUUUGUGUCAUUGCUGAUGUAACAGUUGCGUGGGCAUUUGAUGUUGCUGAGAAGAUGGGAAUUCAAAGUGUUGCAUUUUGGCCUGCUGGACCAGCAAACUUGGCCCUUAUAUUCCAUAUCCCAAAGCUUAUUGAGGAUGGAAUUAUAGAUACUCAAGGAACUCUAAUAAAAAAUGACUUGAUUUGGCUGUCAAAGGAAAUCCCUGCAUGGAAAAGCUCAGAGUUUCCAUGGAGCUUCCCAGGAGAAUCAUGGAUGCAAAACAUUUUUUUUCAAUAUGUUUUCAAGAUGAACCAUUGUGUCAAACUAUGCAAAUGGCUUCUCUGCAACUCAUUCUAUGAACUUGACUUGUUGGCCUUAAAUUUAAUUCCUGGGAUCAUACCUGUUGGUCCAUUACUUUCGGGCAAUCAAUUGGAAAAUCAUAUUGGAAGCUUUUGGCCGGAGGAUUCAACUUGCCUAAGUUGGCUUGAUAAACAACCUGUGGGUUCAGUUAUUUAUGCUUCCUUUGGCAGCACCUCAACCUUCAACCAACAACAAUUUGAUGAACUAGCACUUGGACUUGAACUCACAGGCCUACCAUUCUUGUCGGUUAUUCGGUCAGAUAUCGCCAAUGAAGCACUUUCUGAAUUCUUGGAUGGGAUUAGAUCGAGAAUAGCUGAUAGUGGAAAGAUUGUUGGUUGGGCACCUCAAGAGUAG